UACGUAGCACGCUAUUUAUACAGAAAGCUACAACAACAAGGAAUCGCUGAUCGAUACGUGAUCUUUCGCGGCGGACGCGGGAUUGCUAUCUAGCAGUCGUGUCAGAGAGGCGAGAGAGGCCAAAAAUGGCAGCAGCAUCUGUGUAUGUGUUGAAUACAUUCAAAUUUCUUUUUUACACAAAGGCAGCCAAACGAUCUUACUAGUUAUUACGACACAACACAACGAGUAAUGGAAGUACAGACGACAAAGACCCGCCAUAGUGUCACAUGUACGUGUUUUUAAAGUAGCACAGAAUGUGCACGACUGUGCUUCAAUACAGCAGUGCAGCAGUAGUGCUAUCGAUCGUGGGUUGUGUAUAACAGACUUUGACAAGGCUUCUUCCGUUGCCUUCUAUCGAUCGUGUGUGCUUAUCCCUCGUCCAGAACAGCCACCCGUGAUUCCCAACUCCAGCAGAGAGUAUGCCGAUUAGCUUAUUAACAGCUGUUCCAGUCUAUGAUGCAAACUGUUAUCACAUGGAGGCGCCCACGUGAUGCUCAUCGAAAUCUUCACUAUGGAAACCCUUGCUUGUUUCUGAUUGGUAAUGCUCUGUGUUACAUCAUAUCCGGUCUGAUUCUCCUUGUUAUUGGCGUCAUCAUUACGUCACUGACAUUCCAGAAUUUGGAACACCACGACAGUGAAACAAGUGAGAGGUACGCUGGUCCCAUUCUUAUCGUGGUUGGAGUACUUGUCUUAGCAAGAGGUGCCUUAAACCAUAUCCGGCCCGGAGAUUCUACCAACCCACAACGACUCGUUAUACGAAGUUACACAGGAGAAAUUGCCACCAGGCCAAUAAUGGAGUACAGUAGCAAUUCCAUGACGAUGUGCAGCGUUGUCAGUAUUGGGGAGACACAUGAAUAUCCCAGACUGUCAAUAUACAAUGACGAUCCUCCGUCAUAUGACGCUGUCAUUGAGACCAGUGGCGAUCCCGCUUGCAUAAGCGAAUCAACAACGACACGUGACGAGUCAACACAGUCCCCUGACGAACAACAGGAGUUGCCGCCCUCCUACGAGGAGUGCUUUCAGGCUGCUGCUGCUACCGCGACUACAUCUAUCGACGCUACCACUACGCAACAGGAAACGGAAGUAUUCAGUUCCAAAGACACGUGACCAGCUGUUUCAAUGUCUUCCAUCACUUGUAUCAUCAAAAGCUCGUAAGACAAUUGAAAUCACUCCCAAUCAUUAAGACAUUACAAGAGAUCGGCCUUUCUAAAACUAUGCAAACGAGAAAGCAUUUCAUCUGUCUCUUUUAUACUUGGUUGCAUGAGUACCAAACACCUUUGUGCCAUUUUGACACCAUUUCUUACGAACCGUAGGGCGAAAUGGGAACAGAAUCAAUGAAUGAAUGGUUUCGCACGUUCUCACCCAUUGAAAGUGAUCAUUUUUCACACACAGGAAAAUGUCGUAAACUAUGAAUCAGGUACGCUAAUUUUUAAACAAGUAGCCUUUAUUAAUGUUAGUGACGUGUCUUCUGUUACUUUAAGUUGUGCGCGUAGGCUCAAUAAUUUACGCUGUAGAAAAGAGAUAAUAUAUUGAUUAUGUAAAUAAGUGCUUUUUACCUUUGUGGGUUAGUGGAUAAAGUGCAGGAACAAUACACGUGCAUAUGACGAUUCGUUGGGGACAAUUCUGUGUGGUCUUUUUCAUUAUUUCCACAAGUGCAAAUGAAUAUUUGGACCUCAAAGUUCUUUUUCAACCAUUUUAUAUUUCGUUUGUAUAAUGUAAAAUAAAUUGUGUUCGAUAGUA